AGGAAACUUCCUAGAUUGGAAAAAUAAAAAAAAGCUCGACGUUUUCAAAUUUACAAAUUUAUUCUCUCUCCUUUCGUCUUCUUCCCUGAAACUAAUCAAGCUCAGCAAUGGCGAGCGACAAUGAACCCGCGAAGCUGCUACUACCCUAUCUUCAACGCGCCGAUGAACUCCAAAAGCACGAACCUCUCGUCGCUUAUUACUGUCGAUUGUAUGCGAUGGAACGAGGGUUGAAGAUUCCUCAAAGCGAGCGUACUAAGACUACUAGUUCCCUCCUUAUUUCUCUCAUGAAACAGCUUGAAAAGGAUAAAAAGUCGUUGAAGUUGGCACCUGAUGACCACUUGCACUUAGAAGGUUUUGCUCUAAACGUAUUCUCGAAGGCUGACAAGCAAGAUAGAGCUGGGCGAGCUGACAUAAAUACUGCAAAAACUUUUUAUGCUGCGAGCAUCUUCUUUGAGAUUUUGAAUCAGUUUGGCACAAUUCAACCUGAUCUUGAGCAAAAGCAGAAGUAUGCAGUGUGGAAAGCCGCUGAUAUAAGGAAGGCACUAAAAGAAGGAAGAAAGCCUGUUCCAGGUCCUCCUGGCGGUGAACAGGAUUUAUCUGCUCCAUCUAGUGCUUCAAGCGGUGAAUUUGAUGUUGACCCAAGGCAAACUGGACAUGAUAUCAGUCCGGGUCCAGAACUGGACCGAAUGCCCUCUGCUCAUUUUCCAGAUGGUAUGAGGAGGCAGCCUUCCACUGAUGGCUUGCCAUCACCUCCAUCUUUUCCGAGUGGUGAUUAUCCUUCCCAAAGAGCUGAUUAUCCUUCUCAUGAUUUCCAAUCUGGUCCUGGUUUUGGAAGGCCAGAGAACCCUACUUCCCACAGUGCUGAUUAUCCUUCCCAUACAGCUGAUUAUCCUUCUCAUGAUUACCAAUCCGGUCCUGGUUUUGGAAGGCCAGAGAACCCCACUUACCCUCAGCCAUAUCAGAGUCAAUCUUAUCCGCAAGAACCUCCACAUCUACCACAGGUUCCACAAAAUUAUCAUACUCAGGACGUUCCAGCACCCUUAAACUAUCCUAACUUUCAGUCAUACCCAAGUUUUUCAGAAAGCACUCUCCCAGCUGCCCCAUCACAUCAGCCAUCUUUUUAUCAAGGUUCUGAUGCUUCAUAUUCACAUCAGUCUAGCCCAUCAGUGACGAACUAUGCAUCAGCUCCUCAGUACAGUUCAAGCGGAAGAAAUGGAGUUGUACAAGAUGUCCCAACCAGUGCUCAGACUCCAACCAGUGCUCAGACAUACCAUUAUGAUAGUAACUACCAGCCCUCAGCUGACAAAAUUGCUGAAGCACAUAAAGCAGCAAGAUUUGCUGUAGGGGCAUUGGCAUUUGAUGAGGUGCCUGUUGCAGUUGAACAUCUCAGAAAAGCACUCGAGUAUCUAACAAAUCCUUCUGCAGGUCAGUAGGUUUGCCGUUUGACUACCAAGAUGAUUUGGCUGUGAUGAUGUUUCUUGUUGCAUCCUUGUUUUUUCCCUAAUGGAUUGAGUUGUAAAUGUUACUGGAUAUGUGAAUGAGCAAUUGCCUUUACCCCAGAUACAUGAUAUGAAUGAAAAUCAUGUUUGCUUUCGAAGUGUGUACUCUUGUCUUAAAAUUUAAUGGCUGGGUUGAGAUUGAAGGGGUACAAUCAUGAAA